UUUUUUUAUUUAUGUAAGGUAAUGUGUCAGAAGCGAACCCAGCAUAAUCUUCAUGCUACACAAGAGAAAAAUGUUGUUCUUGCGAGCUUAAAACAGAGAUCCAUCGGUUGCUUUUUAUUUUGUCCUUGCACUGCGUUGAUGGAGUUCGGAGGAGUCGUGCUGAUCGGACUGAAGCGGAGCCAACCAAUUCAUCAUGCACAGCAAGGGAAAACGUUACUCUCACAACAAAGACUGAGAUAUGAUUGACAAUGGAUAAUCAUACGUAUUAAAUCGACUGUCAUAUAAAAGUCAGUUGGAGAGGGAUUCCUAAAGCAUGCUCUUUGCACAAUUUCGCAGACAUUGUCAUCGGCCUUUGGAAGCUUAUAACAGCAGCGAUCACGAAAUGAGAUAGGACAGAGCUGUAAAACUACCCAUGUCGUUAAACUUUUUUUUUUACAUGUCACCUUUCGUGCCAAAGGAUCGAGCUGUGUAACUUUGGAGAAAGGGCAUCAGCUGUGACACCGGGUGAAGAGUCGAGCAUGGAUCUGCUGGAGUGCCCGAUCUGUCUGUUCCUCAUGUGCGAGCCCAUGACCAUGAGUUGCGGUCACUCUUUCUGCAGGAGAUGCAUGGGAGCAUUCCUGCCCUCGCGAUGCCCCACAUGCAAAGAACGUUUAAAACAGAGAGAUGCGAAAAACAUCAAAAACAACGUGUUGCUCUUCAGCGUCCUUGAGAAAUGUUGUCCCGAAGAGACUAAGAUGAAAUGUCACAUUCAAGAGAAACUGAAAACGAGCGAGUUUACAGAAGCGCUGCGUAUUGCUGAUGAAGGGAUCGAAAUGGUCCCUGAAGAUGUGAGUCUUAAAGUGUGGCGAGCUGAGGCCUGCAUGGGCCUCCGUCGCUUUUCGGAUGCCCUCCGUGACCUGGAUGACCUGUGCUGUGUGCGACCCAACUGGACCGAGGGUUUCUUUCGUAAAGGGAACGUGCUUCUUGAAAUGGGCAGACGGACUGAAGCCCUCAUUCAGUUUUACCGUUGCCUGAAGCAGCAGUCUGAUUUUGCCCCUGCAAAAAAUCAGAUUAAGAAGAUCUUAGAGGCAGAGGGCAUGGCUGUACCAGAAGAAGUUCCACGGAUGCUGCAUGUUGUGUCUGAGUACUUGCAGGAUCUCUGUCCUAUCACCAGCUCUGUAAGCCCCUUGUGUCCAGAUGCUCAGCGCUACUCCCACAACGAUACCGAAGGUCAAAGUAAUCCCGUGCAGAAUGCAACUAAAGUGAAGCACGGCACCAGCAGCGAGUGCUGCCUGAGCCUGUGUCAGGCCGUGUCCUUCCUCCCCACAGCUGAGGAUGAUGAGGAACUGAUGACGAAGAGAGAAGAGAAACAGAACAGAGGUGUGUGCAGUCUGGCCAGAGAGUCCUGCCUCAGCGUCCUGACUGUGAGUGAUUUUGAGUGCCCUCUCUGCAUCAGGUUAUUCUAUGAGCCGGUGACGACUCCCUGUGGACACACCUUCUGCAAAAACUGCCUUGAGAGAAGUCUGGACCAUAAUCUACGCUGUCCACUUUGUAAACAACCACUGCAGGAGUAUUUUAAGAACAGAAAGUACAACCCCACCGUGCUGCUGCAGGAGAUUAUGUCCCGCCUCUUCCCCCAGCAGUUGGCUGAGAGGAAACAGGUGCACGAGGCGGAGAUGGCAGAGCUCUCAAAUUUGACUAAGGACAUCCCAAUCUUUGUGUGCACGGUGGCGUACCCUGGCAUCCCAUGUCCACUGCACAUCUUUGAGCCUCGUUACCGUCUGAUGAUGCGGCGAUGUAUGGAGACGGGCACCAAAAAGUUUGGCAUGUGCAGCUACGAGCACGGCAAAGGCUUUGCAGAUUACGGCUGCAUGUUGGAUAUUUUGGAUCUGGAUUUGCUUCCUGAUGGUCGCUCCUAUGUGGAUACAGUGGGAGGAAGUCGCUUCCGAGUGCUCAGGAGAGGACAGAGGGAUGGCUACCACACUGCUGAUAUUGAGUACCUGGAGGACCAUAAGGUUGAAGGCGCCGAGCUUGAAUUAUUGCAGCUACUCCAUGACAGCGUGUAUCAGCAGGCGAGGGAGUGGUACCACCGUCUGAACAGCCGCAUUCAGGAGCAGAUCACCCGGCAGUACGGCAUCAUGCCCGAGAAAGAGGACGACAUUCAGGCAUCUGCUAAUGGGCCGGCCUGGUGCUGGUGGCUGCUGUCAGUGCUGCAGCUAGAUCCAGCCUAUCAGACCACCGUCCUGUCUCUGACAUCCCUGAAGGACAGACUGGGUCAUCUACGUAUCGUACUAGAAUACUUCUCUCAGAGCUAGGACGGAGACACAUUAUGUGCCCGCCCGUAUCUCUGAUCACAUCACAUGCAUGCACCACGGAAGACAUUAAUUUUUUUAAUUUUUUAUUUUUUAUGUACAUUUUAAAUUCAACUGCAAGUGAUUUGUUUGCUCUUGCCAAUUUUUUUUCUUUUUCUGAUCAUAAUCGAUACACAAGAUCUCUUGUGCUUGGUAACACAUUGGGAAGC